CCCCCAGUGCCGCCGCAUCAGAGCUAGCGAGCGGACGGCCGUCCAGGCGUUCCUUACCGAGACGCCUGGUCUUUUACUUAUUGACGGUGUGCGGGAAACAUUUUACCGCCCUGUGACUGUGCUGAGGAGUUUUAUCAACAACCUGCAACCAUGGAUCAAGCCGCCAAACAGUUCAGCUUUUACUACAUCGACGAUCAGUUGAUGAAGGCGAUGGCCCGUUACCCUCCGCCGCGGCUGUCGCCGCCGGAGCUACCGUCGCCCAGCGGGAGCAGCAGCGAACUCACCGUCAGCACGUCGCCGUCCUCUCAGCGCAGCGGCUCGUCAGCUGGCCAGCCCGGGCAGACGGCGCUGCCCGCGGCCGGCUCGGUGGGACCGCCGGCCGGAAUGACUCCCGUCACACUGCUGCACGCCGCCGGCAGCAGCGCCCCAUCCGCGGUAGCGCCGACCGCACCGGCCCUCCUGGCCGACAUGCCCAUCUUCUCGGCCCCGCGGCGGCCGAACCUGGGCCGGGAGGGCCGCAGCAUCCAGCUGCGAGCCAACCACUUCCAGAUCAGCAUGCCGCGCGGCUUCGUCAACCACUACGUCAUCGGCAUCCAGCCCGACAAGUGUCCCAGGAAGGUCAACAGGGACAUCAUCGAGACGAUGGUGACAUCGUACGCCAAGAUCUUCAGUACGAUGAAGCCCGUGUUUGACGGCCGCAGCAACAUGUACACGCGCGACCCUCUCCCCAUCGGCAAGGACAAGAUGGACCUGGAGGUGACGCUGCCGGGCGAGGCCAAGGACCGCGUGUUCCACGUGUCGAUCCGGUGGGAGGCGCAGGUGUCCCUGUACGAGCUGGAGGAGGCGCUGGAGGGACGGCAGCGUGCCAUCCCCACGGACGCCGUCCAGGCGCUGGACGUGGUGAUGCGUCACCUGCCGUCCAUGAAGUACACGCCGGUGGGCCGGUCGUUCUUCUCGGCGCCCGAGGGCUACUACCACCCGCUGGGCGGCGGCCGGGAGGUGUGGUUCGGCUUCCAUCAGUCGGUCCGGCCCAGCCAGUGGAAAAUGAUGCUCAACAUCGAUGUGUCUGCCACGGCCUUCUACAAGUCCCAGGCGGUGGUGGACUUUAUGUGCGAGGUUCUCGACAUCCGCGAGGUCAGCGAACAGCGGAAGCCGCUCACUGACUCUCAGCGCGUCAAGUUCACCAAGGAGAUCCGCGGCCUGAAGAUCGAGAUCACGCACUGCGGCUCGAUGCGGCGCAAGUACCGCGUGUGCAACGUCACCCGCCGGCCGGCGCAGAUGCAGUCGUUCCCUCUGCAGCUGGAGAAUGGUCAGACGGUGGAGUGCACGGUGGCCAAGUACUUCCUGGACAAGUACCGGAUGAAGCUGCGCUUCCCGCACCUGCCCUGUCUGCAGGUCGGCCAGGAGCACAAACACACCUACCUGCCGCUGGAGGUGUGCACCAUCGUGGCCGGCCAGCGCUGCAUCAAGAAGCUGACCGACAUGCAGACCUCGACCAUGAUCAAGGCGACGGCGCGCUCGGCGCCCGACCGCGAGCGCGAGAUCAACACGCUUAUCAGGAAGGUGUGGGCCGACUUCAACACGGACCCGUACGUCCAGGAGUUCGGGCUCAACAUCGAGCAGAAGAUGAUGGACGUGCGCGGCCGGGUGCUGCCGCCGCCGAGACUCCAGUAUGGCGGACGGACUAAGCAGCAGGCGGUGCCGAACGCCGGCGUCUGGGACAUGCGCGGCAAGCAGUUCUACAGCGGCGUCGAGAUCCGCGUCUGGGCCAUCGCCUGUUUCGCGCCUCAGCGGACCGUGAGCGAGAACGCGCUGCGGAACUUCACCCAGCAGCUCCAGAAGAUCUCCACCGACGCCGGCAUGCCCAUCAUCGGACAGCCGUGUUUCUGCAAGUAUGCCACGGGUCCUGAUCAGGUGCAGCCCAUGUUUGGCUACCUCAAGACCAACUUCCAGGGCCUGCAGCUGGUGGUGGUGGUGCUGCCCGGCAAGACGCCCGUCUACGCCGAGGUGAAGAGAGUGGGCGACACGGUGCUUGGACUGGCCACGCAGUGUGUGCAGGCCAAGAACGUCAACAAGACGUCGCCGCAGACGCUCUCCAACCUCUGCCUCAAGAUCAACGUCAAGCUGGGAGGCGUCAACAGCAUCCUGGUGCCCAGCAUCCGACCCAAGGUGUUCAAUGAGCCGGUGAUCUUCCUGGGCGCCGACGUGACGCACCCGCCGGCCGGCGACAACAAGAAGCCGUCGAUCGCGGCUGUGGUGGGCUCCAUGGACGGCCACCCGUCGCGGUACGCGGCCACCGUCCGCGUCCAGCAGCACAGACAGGAGGUGAUUCAGGAACUGAGCUACAUGGUGCGCGAGCUGCUGGUGCAGUUCUUCAAGUCGACCCGCUUCAAGCCGAACCGCAUUAUCAUGUACCGGGACGGCGUGUCCGAGGGCCAGUUCCAGCUGGUGCUGCAGCACGAGCUCACUGCCAUCCGUGAGGCGUGCAUGAAGCUGGAGCUCGACUACAAGCCGGGCAUCACGUUCAUCGUGGUGCAGAAGCGCCACCACACGCGCCUCUUCUGCUCCGACAAGAAGGAGCAGAGCGGCAAGAGCGGCAACAUCCCGGCCGGCACCACUGUGGACUCUCAUAUCACCCAUCCGACAGAGUUCGACUUCUAUCUCUGCUCCCACCAGGGCAUCCAGGGCACCUCUCGUCCGAGCCACUACCACGUGCUGUGGGACGACAACCGGUUCGACAGCGACGAGCUGCAGCAGCUGACCUACCAGCUGUGCCACACGUAUGUGCGCUGCACGCGCUCGGUCAGCAUCCCGGCGCCGGCCUACUACGCCCACCUGGUGGCUUUCCGGGCGCGCUACCACCUGGUGGAGAAGGAGCACGACAGCGACCCGACGUACCACUCGUCGUGCUCUGGCGAGGGCUCUCACCUGUCCGGCAACUCCGACGACCGCACGCCGUCUGCGAUGGCGCGCGCCGUCACCGUCCACCAGGACACCAACCAGGUCAUGUACUUCGCCUGAGCGCGCCGCCGCCGUCCGUCGCCGCGUCUGCGAGUGAGCGCGCGCCGGCGCCGCGCCGACAGAGGCGCCAUUCCCGGCGGCGGCCGGCGCGGCCGUCCCGCCGGCGGCGCGCGGGUGUGCGAGUGUGCCGAGUGCGAGCCCGCGUCCGCGCAGGACGGCGAGCCGGGUCGGCUCCGGUCCGGUCUGGCCCAGGGGGUGGUGUGUUUCGUCGCGACGCGCGCGUCCGUUCUCCGGUUUCCGUCCCCCGUUUCCGCGUCGCUCAGAUCUGUCUUCCGGGUCUCUGAGAGCUCUGCCUGGGUUCGGCAGUGUCCAUCCGAGCUCUUAAUCACUCCUCAGCGUAGCACAGGCACAUAGUCCACAAACAACGUCCCAUGCCAUUUUUCCUCGUCCGUGCGCGAGGGCGUCUGAUAAAUUCACCUUGCACCUCCCUGCCAACUCAUCACGCCACAUUCACCCAGCCACAGUUACCGUUCACCGGAGGGCCGUUUCGGCCGUGACCGGCCCGUGACCUUUCUGCCUCGCGGCGGGCGGCGCCGGUGCCGGGGGCCGGCCCGAGUCGGGCGCACGGACUGGGACCGCACACCACACCAUGGCCUGAGAUGGGAAGUGUACGCUCUUACUGCCAACGUCCGGCGCCCGGCCUGGACUGGUCCCGCGGCGCCGGCGGCACCAUGCGCGCGUCCGCCGCGGGCGGGCGACGGCCGGCCGAAAUUGACAGCUCUCAUCACAUCAGUGGACAGGCUAGGUUAGGUAUGUCCUGCCUUAGUGCUUGAUUCACGAACUCUCACAAUGUGCUCCCGGGCGCGCCACCGCCGUGGCUGGCGCGUUUUUUCCUGCCCUCCCUCACAGCCCGCGCAUAAAGCCAAGGAUAAGGAGUGUCUGUACCUGCCUGGCGGACUGCUCCGCCGUUACGCGCAACCAUAAGCGUGUCGCUCCGCAGCUCCGGAGCUGACACCGGCCACGGCCUUGUUGUCUAUCAUCAUCAGUUCUAUUUAUGGCAAACCAAAGACUGCCGGCUCGCCAUUUUACCGCGGGCACUGUCAGACUUUUUUGCUUUUUUAGAGGGGAAAAUAGUGGGUGUUUUAAUACGACCUAUGUACAAGGUUCUUCGCCUAAUAGUGGUGUGGUUUUCGCCGCGGGCGCGCCUCGCUCGUUCGCGCUGUCUCUUCCUUUGGUAGUGUGUAUUAACGGUAGUGUUUCGGUAGACCGUCCAGUGGGCCGGCCAGUCUGCCCUGCGGCGGGCCGGCCAGAGCAGCCUCGACGGUAGGGUGUGUGCUGGAGGCCGUCCGACAAGCCAAGUAGACGAGACGAGACUACCGUAGGUCGUGCUCCGGGGUCGGCUGGUGUAUGUGUGUAUACGAGUGUGUGCGCGUGUGGGCAGCGGCGGCGUUGUGAGCGGUGCCCGGUGCCGCAGACAUAUCUGAGCGGUGGGGAUCUCAGCCGGUCGGCCGGCAGUGGCCGGGCCGACAGUUGGACAGCUCAAUACAUCUCACCCUGCCCGCCGACA